UCUCAGCGAGAAUCGAAGUCUCCAGACUCGCCGGAGUUCAUAUCGACGAUCCUUUAACCCAACUCCAUCGGUCCCUCGCCGCCGACAUUUUCCGCCGAAAAACUUUGCUUCUUAACGUAUAUAUAAAUUGGAAUUAUCAAGUUCUAGAAGAUAUACACCCUCUCCGUUAGCCAAGCCUCAGCCCUAUCUCAAUCUCUACCUGACGACGCUCUCAUAAAUUUCCCAGUUCACAAAGACAAACGACUGAACGAGACAAAUUCUUCAAUCUUCACUCACCUGAGUCCCCGCUUAGGCGCGCUCUCCCAGACUUGCUCGGUUCCUCCAACUCUCCAAGGGUUCAAUAAUCAAAGAUAAAACCAUGCCGAAGGUGAAGACAAACCGUGUCAGGUACCCAGAGGGAUGGGAAUUGAUUGAGCCCACUCUAAAUGAACUACAAGCCAAGAUGAGAGAAGCGGAGAAUGACCCGCAUGACGGGAAAAGAAAGUGUGAGGCUUUGUGGCCUAUCUUUAAAAUUUGUCAUCAGAAGAGCCGUUACAUUUUUGACCUUUACCACAGGAGGAAGGAGAUCUCCAAGGAAUUAUAUGAGUUCUGCUUGGAUCAGGGUUAUGCCGACCGUAAUUUAAUCGCGAAGUGGAAAAAGCCUGGCUAUGAACGGCUGUGUUGUUUGAGGUGCAUGCAACCUCGGGAUCACAACUUCCAAACCACAUGUGUUUGCCGAGUGCCUAAGCAUCUCAGGGAAGAGAAGGUUAUAGAAUGUGUGCAUUGCGGUUGCAAAGGUUGUGCUAGCGGAGAUUGAGUGCUUAUAAUAAAAUGAAUGCACGGCUUGCUUCAGUCUGAGGUCAAGCCAAUGUUAAACUCUUUGUCUUGUAACUAGUUUAUUGGAACUGCACUAUUUCUGUGAUCAAACAUCUUUAUGAACUCUCUUCUUAUUAAAACUGUACCCCCAAGCUUGUGAAAGUAUGGCAAGUGUUAGUUCCACUUUUGGUCCUUCAAGUCCACUUUUGGUCCUUCAAGUAGAUGAUGGGGUGAUUUUAUUCCAUUCUCUUUUGUUUUCAAAA